ACAUUCAAAGUUGGGUCUUAUCUGAGAAAGUAGCAGGGAUUGACAGCCCCUUCUCUUCCCCCAGUGCUGGCCAGAGUUACAGAAGGUGGACUGUAAACACUGGCAAAUAUUGACAGAAGUCAAGGUCAUGGCAAGACCAUUUGGCCCACGUCUGUUGGGGAAGUAUAAACCCACGGUUCAAAAAGACUGGUCAACUGGAUUUGCAUUCCCAGAAACCAGGACAUUUCUGAAACUGAGUUUUAAAACUGGCAGCUCUUUUGCCAUCCCUUUGUAUUUUCGCAGUCUCUCCCUAUGCCAGCUUUCUUACAGCUGUUCAGAUUUCCUGUUGUAAUUUUUUUUUUCCUUUUUCUCCAGGGAGGGGAAAUCAGUAUUACCUCUUCUCUAGAAAGGAGGUGGUUGGGCUGGUCUUAAGCGUGUUAGAUCUUUUUUGAUUCAAACCAGGUGUCUGGGCUGGGUGAAUUCCAGCCUGGGGUGAGGACUUUGAUCACCAGAUGUUUUAUUGGUGUGCAUGCUGCCUCGUGGUUGCCUGGCUGGUUUCUGCUUCAAAUGCAGAGCACUGUCCAGAACUUCCUCCAGUGGACAACAGCAUAUUUGUUGCAAAAGAGGUGGAUGGACAGAUUCUGGGCACUUACGUUUGUAUCAAGGGCUACCACCUUGUAGGAAAGAAGACCCUUUUCUGCAAUGCCUCUAAGGAGUGGGAUAACACCACCACUGAGUGCUGCUUGGGCCACUGUCCUGACCCCGUACUGGUGAAUGGCGAAGUCUAUUCUUCCGGGCCUGUGAAUGUAAGUGACAAAAUCACAUUUAAGUGCAGUGAUCAUUACAUCCUCAAGGGCAGCAAUUGGAGCCAGUGUCUAGAGGACCACACCUGGGCACCUCCCUUUCCCAUCUGCAAAAGUAGAGACUGUGGCCCUCCUGGGAAUCCAGCUCAUGGCUAUUUUGAAGGAAAUAAUUUCACCUUAGGAUCCACCGUUAGUUAUCACUGUGAAGACAGGUACUACUUAGUGGGCACACAGCAGCAGCAGUGCAUUGAUGGGGAGUGGAGCAGUGUACCUCCAGUCUGCAAGUUGAUCCAGGAAGCUCCCAAACCAGAGUAUGAGAAGGCAUUUCUUGCCUUUCAGGAGAGUGAGGACCUCUGCAAAGCCAUAGAGAACUUUAUACAACAAUUAAAUGAAAGUGAUAUGACAAUGGAAGAGCUAAAAUAUUCUCUGGAGCUGAAGAAAAGGUAGAAGAAAUAAGAAUCCUAUGGCUUUCUAUCAAGACGUCAUACAGAGCUGGUGUGACAAGCUUCUUCCACCUCUUAUUCUGACUGCUACCUGAAACACAUAGGAUAUCUGGAUAAAACACAACCAAAAUACACAAGCCAGCUUGAAAUAAUGGAAAAUCGCUAGGUAGAGUUAGAAAGGGGAAUAAGAGAUGGACUCUUGAGUACCCCAGUGUCUGCUAAUAGACACAAGACAUGUACACAUAUAGCAUUACUUUAGAGGGGAUAGGAUGAACUAAACACUUUUCAGACAAUUGUGGGCUAUGAGAGCUCAGAUGAGAGGAGGUUCACUUCUGAUGGGAGGAGGAGGCAGGAAUAUUGUCAAGGAAGAAGUCAUAGUUAUUUGGGCCUUCAAAACUGAGUGAGAAUUAGAGACAAAGAUUAGGGAGCACAUUCCGGGUGGAAAGAAUAUUCGAGAAAUGGAGUGAGACAAAAAUAAGAUUUUUAACCAAGUAAAUUUAUUCCUAGGAUUAAUCUAACUGGAACGAAAUGAUUUGAAAUUGAAGCUACUUCUUACAUAUAUGUCUAUCUGGGAGGAUCUUAUGAGCAUUUGAAAUGUCCAUUCUUAGGAAAAUUUUUAGAAAGUUAUGGUACUUCAAAUAUAAUACAGACUUACACAGUGAUAAUUAUGAGGAAGUAGAAAAUCUUAAAAAUGUAAUCUUAAGUAAAAAUAGAAUAUUUAAUAACAAGGGCUUAUGACUGCAUUUAUGCAAAACCUUUAUUCUUGUGGGAAGGUGCUAGACAAUGAUAGGCAAAGAUAAAAAACAAUUGUCUUAGAGUGGUGUAAUUAUAGGUGUUUAUUCUCUUACGGCUUUUUAGUGUUGUAAAAUGAAUUUCAAAUAAUAAUACAUUUAGAAGGCGCAACACAGAGGCAGAAAAAUCGGCUAUGUUUACGAACUUGCACAUAGCCUGGUUGGCCUAGAUGAGGCAUAGAAAGUGGUGAGAGAGAAGGCGGCUGGAAAGAGAAGUCAGAGUCAGUUUACGGAGGGAUCUGAAUGACAUGCUGGAGAAUAUCCACUUGUCUUUGGUAGGCAGAGAAUAUAUACUUGCUUUUGGCAGGCGGACCCUGGAGACAUGGAAGCCUUUCAAACAAGGAAGUAAUAGGAUAUACAUAAAUAUUUCUCUCACAAUGUUGGUUGCAGUAUUGGUUGAUGAGGGAAAAGAAGUAAGACAGAGAAGCCAAUGAAAGGGCUCCUACAAUAGUCCAUACGGGAGGCACUUUCAACCCAAACCAGUCUGACAGCAGCAGAAAUGAAAAAGCAGCAGAGACAUGAGAGACAUUGCAAAACUUGUAUCAAAACAACCUGUCAACAAUUGAACACUGAAGGGUGAGGGAAAUGAGGAGUUAAAAAGUGGAUCUGAAAUUUUAUUCCUGAGAAUCAGUGGUCAAAAACAAGUUGGGGUCAGAAAGUGAAGCUUGUUAGCAGGAAAUGAGAAAUUCCUCUUUGGAUGUGCUGAGGGUGACGUGAUUGCAAGAUGUCCAGUGGGCAAUAAUAAUAAUAAUAAAACCAGAAAGCAAGUCUUGAGUUUGGGAGAGUAAUCAGAAAUAAAAAUGUAGUGCCAGCUAGUCUUCUUGCUGGUAAUAGUUCAAGCUGUGACAGAAAGGAAGAUCAUUAAAAUUACAAAGCGAUUUUUUUUUUAAAGAGGAGCCUGAGAUAUAUCUAUAUUUAGGAAUGAAGGGGAGGAAGAGGAGGUAACAGUAACUAAGAAAGAGAAAUUAGGUAAGAGAAUCAGGAAAGUUUACUGCCAUGGAAGCCAAAGGACAAGAGAGUUUCAAAAAGGAAAAGGUCAGCAGUGACAAAGGUUGCAGACAGAUCAUAAAGAAAUUUAUUAAAGAUAUUUUGGACUUGGACCUAAGGGCAUGCCUCAGAGAGACCUGUCAGUAGAAGAGUGGGUAGAAGCCAGAUGGGAAAGCAACAGGCGGAGCGAUGAAUGAGAAAGAAUAGGCAGAUGGAAGGCAGGGCACGGUGGCUCACGCCUGUAAUCCCAGCACUUUGGGAGGCCGAGGCAGGUGGAUCAUGAGGUCAAGAAAUCAAGACCAUCCUGGUCAACAUGGUGAAAACCCGUCUCUACUAAAAAUACAAAAAAUUAGCUGGGCAUGGUGGCGCAUGCCUGUAAUCCCAGCUGCUCAGGAGGCUGAGGCAGGACAAUUGUCCGAACCUAGGAAGUGGAGGUUGCAGUGAGCCGAGGUCAUGCCAUUGCCCUCCAGCCUGGGGAACAAGAGCGAAACUCCAUCUCAAAAAAAAAAAAAAAAAAAAAAGAAUAGGCAGAUGGAAUAGGCUACACCUGUGAGAAGUUCAGCCUCAUGCUAAAGAAGAACGACGGAAUUUGAGGUACUCGCAAAAUUGAAGCAGCAUUUCAGGAUGAGGGAUGCAUUGAAAAUGAGGCAGGCAAAGAAGAAACAAUUCUCCCCCGAAGGAGGAGUGAAUGGGGGGAAAAUCUGACAUCGAUGAAGCUAAGGGAGAAUGACUUUUAGUAAAGUAGGAGGCAAGGGCAUCUGCUGAGAGGGAACAUGACAAUUUGGUGACCUGGAGAGAAAAAUCUGCAAGAAUCAUUGUGGAAAGUAAAUGAAAGACUUCAGUACAUUGGGAAAUGUUACUUUAAAGACAUACCAGCUUUAAAGGUGAUAUUUCUUCCUAUUUAGCUCUUAAGACUGUGCAAUCUGGAAUCCUCCUCUGUUCACUCUCGUCAAAUCAGUGUCUCACCUUGGUGACUAGCAAAUGGUUUCUUUACAUCUAAUGUCCUUACCACUUUUAUCUCAUAAUUUCUACCUUUUAUUCAAAUUUCACAUCUUCUGUAAAACCUUCCUUGAUUAACUCAAUCUGUUGUAGUUUAGCUCCUUUUCUGAAACUCUUCUGGGACUUUUAGUAUUUAUUACAGAAAAAAAUGAAGUUCUCAGAAUCGUCUUUUAACAGCAAUCUUCUGAGCACACAAAUCUUAAGCUUGAGGAUUAGUAGCUUAAUCGGACAAUGUCAGUGCUUGUGGCCUUUUUAGACCUAUGUGGUAAGAAACAUGGCCAAUCCUUCAUUGUGUUCUUCUGAGCAUCACUGGAUAGAUCAACUUCUGGAGGCCGUCUGAUGCCUGACACGUAGUAGUAGUCAACAUUUGCUGAACUCUGAAUACGUUCUAGAUAACUCAGCACAUAUUGGAAACCCAAUACGUGUUUGAUAAAUUCCCCACCUUUUGUAAUUCUUUGGGGUGGGACAGAGAUGAGCUCUGGGCAAGAACAUCGGCUCCCAAACUCCAGGAAAGCACGCCUAGUGUCAUUCAAAGUGGAUCUUUUUUUUUUUUUUUUUUUUUUGAGACAGAGUUUCGCUCUUGUUACCCAGACUGGAGUGCAAUGGCGCGAUCUUGGCUCACUGUAACCUCUGCCUCCUGGGUUCAGGCAAUUCUCCUGCUUCAGCCUCCUGAGUAGCUGGGAUUAUAGGUGCAUGCCACCAUGCCCAGCUAACUUUUUGUAUUUCUAGUAGAGACAGGGUUUUACCAUGUUGACCAGGAUGGUCUCGAUCUCUUGACCUCGUGAUCCACCCACCUCGGCCUCCCAAAGUGCUG